AUGAUAAAAAAACGGUUUUUAUUUGUUUUUGCUUUUUUCACAUUAUGGAUACUUGAUUCAUUAUCAACAAUUGAAGCUGUCGCUGUCAUUGGUAUUGAUUACGGAACUGAUUGGUUUAAAGUUUCAUUAGUAAAACCGGGAGUUCCGCUCGAUAUUGUAUUAAACAGAGAUUCUAAAAGAAAAACACAGUCGGUUAUAACAAUUCGCGGCGAAAAAAGAUUAUAUGGCACUGAUGCUGCUAAUAUUGGGACAAGAUUUCCGAGUAAUACUUACUUUAGUCUUAAAAGGCUUCUUGGAAGAUUAGCAGAUGAUAAGUAUGUACAAGAAUAUCAAUCACACUUUUUUAAUAAAAUAAUAAAAGAUCCGAUAAGAGGAACUGUUUUAUUUCAACAUAAUGAAACAACAACAUUUUCAGUUGAGGAAUUGGUUGCAAUGCAAUUAUCUUAUGCUAAAGAGCAAGCUAAAGUCACUGCACAAGAAGAAGUUAAAGAUAGCAUUAUUACUAUAGAAAAUUUACAUGAAGAAAAAGAUUUUAGAAUUACAAUUUCAAGAAAAGAAUUUGAAGCUAUUACAGAUGAUUUGAUCAAGUAUGUUGAAGCUCCUUAUACCACAGCAUUGAAUAAGGCUAAUUUGACAUUGCCUGAUAUAAAAUCUUGUGUGUUAGUUGGUGGUGGUAUCCGUGUACCAGCUGUUCAAAAUAUGCUUAAAAGGCUUGUUGGAGAAAAUAAAAUUGCACAAAAUCUUAAUGGAGAUGAAGCGGCUGUUUUAGGUGCUGGUUUUAGAGGUGCUGGAUUGAUUCAUCAGUUUAAAGUUAAAGAACCUUUAGGAGAAAAAGAGAAGCUUAAUUCAAUUCAACGAUUAACUGCCAUGGGAAAGGCUGAUCAUGAACGUCAUGCUUGUGAAGAAGCAAAGAAUCAUUUGGAGUCUUAUGUUUACAAAUCACAAAAGUUUCUUGAUGAUCCAAUUGUUAAAAAAGUUAGCACUGAUGAGCAACGUUCAGAACUAUUAAAAAGGUUAUCUGAAACAUCGGAAUGGCUGUAUGGAGAAGGUGAAAAUGCAUCAAUUGAUGAAUUUCAUUCACGUCUUGACGGUUUAAGAUUAUUAGAGAAACCAUUCUUAUUUAGAAAAGGAGAGUUUAUUAAACGUCCUGGUGCAAUUUCUUCACUUAAAUCACUUAUUGACAAAAGAUGUGGAUUUGUACGACAAAGAAGAGCUAACUUAAUUCCUAAAAUAACGCAUUAUACUGAUGAAAAUAUUGAUAAGCUAUUAAAUGUUUGUGAUAAAGUUGAAAAUUGGCUUAAUGAAAAGUUGGCAGAGCAAGAAAAAACUGCCCCCCACAUUGACCCUGUUUUCACUACAGAUGAUGUACAAAAGAAAGCAAAAGAAAUUAACCGUGAAUUUUCAAACUUGGUGAAAAAAUCAUCAACAGUAAAAAGCUCUACAACCACCAUUGCCACCACAACAAUAAUCAAUGCCACUGAUGAAAGUACAGAAUAUGCCAAGACAUACAGUACAACAACUGAUUCAAUAACUCAGGAGACUUCAAAUGUUACAAUAUCAUCUGACACUGAAACAACAACAGGAGCCAUUGAACCCAAGACAACUGAAAUAUUGCAU